AUGUCAACAUAUCAUUUACCAUUGCACCAAAGAUAUGAAAUUAUUUUCCUAUCGGAGCAUAAUAAAGGUCCAAGACUUGGUAACAAGAAAGUUGCUAGUCUUAUUCGUUGUGAUACAAAAAAUGUACGAUACUGGCGAGCUCGCUGGAAGGAAACAAAGGAUUUAUCGAACGAAACAAAAUCAGGUCGACCUCGUAUAACAACAGCUGAAGAAGAUGAAAUGAUUAUCACCGAAUUAGAAGAAAGUGAUUAUCCAACUAGUGUAUCGAUCAGUCAUAGUUUAAAGCGAAAGAAAGUGGAAAUUAGUUCCCGAUCAGUCCGAAGAAGACUAAAAGAAGCUGGUUAUCAAUACUACGCACCACUUUCCAAACCUCUUCUUACUAUGCAACAUAAAAAACGACGUUUGAAGUGGGCAAAACUAAUGCAAAGACAAGAUUGGAAUAAGGUUAUUUUUUCUGAUGAGUGUACAAUCAGAUUAGGACCAGUCAAACAACGUCGCUGA